AUGAGCCGGCGCUGCGGGCCGGGCUCAGUCUCUCCCUGGGGACGGCAAACGCCGCCAGGCACCGAGCGAUGCCCCCGGCCCUGCCUGUGCCGCGCCCGCCGGAUCCAGCAGCGCUGGAAGCUCCAGGAGCAGCUCAGCGCCUGCUCCGCGCUCGGCCCUGCGAGCCCGGCCCGGAGCGGGGGCUCCGGACACAUCCCCGUGCUGGGGCAGAGCCGCUGCUCGGCCCGGGGAUCCUUUAUCCCCCUGGGGCGGCUGCCGGGGGCCGAGGGCACAGUCCUGCCGAGGGAGCGGCUGCCCGCGCUCUCCUCCUUGCCCGGAUGGCCGGCAUGGAGCCGCUGCCAGGGCAGCGAUGGCUCAUCCCGGCUGUUCUCGCUAGGACGGAGGCGGCUGCUCCGUGCCCGGGGAUCGUUCCCGCCCGUGCGGCACCGGGCUCGGGGCCGCUGCUGUGGCGGGAGGCAGGGAGCCGCAACGGCCGUGCCGGCCCUCGCUGUGCCCGGGCUCCGAGGCGCCGGGGCAGGGAAUCAUGCGGGGCACAAUGGUGAGCAGCCCGGGGCUGCUGCUUCUCGCCCCUCGGCAGGCGGACUCCGAGCCGCAGCUGCCCCGGGCCAGCAGCAGCCGGCAGCUCGCAGGCGCUCUCAGCGCCCGGCCCGGCACGGAGCUGGGCUGCAGCGGCUGCAGAGCCACAGGGGCCGCGGCUGCGGCCGCCGCAGAGCUGCCGGAGGCUGCGCUUGUCUCCGCACCUGCUGCCGCACCUCUGGGCAGCGGCGACAGCGCAGCCACAGCUGCCACCGCCCUCCUGAGCCCCCGCACGGCCGGCACCAGCAGCGACCUCUCAUCGUGUCCCUUUCAGGGUGCCAUCAGCGGGGCUGCAAAGCUGUUCCCGAGGCCGAGCUCCCAAAGGAUCUGCCAGCACUCAUGAUGUUGAUGAAGCAAACGAGUGUUUCUACUGCAAACAGCGAUUCUAGCUGUGAGGUGGAGGAGAGUGAACUCUGCUCCAUUCCUGGUGAACGGUUCAGGUGCCAUCCCGUGGGCACGGCGGUGCUGAUUCUGCUGCUCCUGGUGCUGGCUUUGGGGGCGGCCUUGGCUGUGCUGGCAGCACGCCAGGUUCCAGUAACACCUGCGACUCAAUUGUCCGUUCUGGGCUGUCCCCAUGGCUGGGUUGGCUACAAUGGAGUCUGCUACGGCUUCUCACGGGAUUACAGCACGUGGGAGCAGGGUCAGGAACGGUGCUCCGAGCUCAAUGCCUCCCUGGCCAUUGCCAAGGAUGAGGAGGCCAUGGAUUUGCUCUGCCGCCUCUGUGGGAACGUCGAUUACUGGCUCGGGCUGCGCAGACGGGGCGAGCGCCUGCACUGGGGGGACGGCAGCAGCUACAGCUCCCGGGUUCCUGUCUUUGGCAAUUCCGAGUGUGUGUACCUGGCUGACAGGAGAUUCAGGAGUGGGAACUGCUCCAAUGAGCGGCCGUAUCUCUGCAGCAAGGCCCAAGCUCCCCUGUAACAGGGGCUGCACAAAGGACCUUCUCCACGCUGGGCAGUGCCAGCUUCACCUCUGAGCCCAGCACAGCGCUGUCCUUCCUCAGCUGCGCCCUGUGCCUUGCACUUCCUCUCAGGGUCACCUCAGUGCCUCUCCAUCCCCAGUGCCAGCGCUGGGCUGGGGCUGCAAAGGAAAAGUCUCUGCAAUCCAUCCUGGCACCGAUGCUGCCUGUAGUGAUUGUAUUGCCCUCAUGACACAACCAGCUCAGAUGUGAAAUUCUAACUGCCCUGGACUCUUGGAAUUCCGUGUAAACUAACCUGUAUUUGACACUUGUGGACUUUCUUUGGAAGAGGAAGAACAGCUGACACGUUCUACGAAGGAAUCCAAAUUUCUGCAACAGGCACCUGAGUGUAAAGAACGGUCUGUCUGUCUGUCUGUCUGUUAGCUGCUGGCUCUUUGUCUCUGUCACGUUCAGAGGACGAUGGUCGGAGCUGCUGCUUGGGGAAGGGAAUUCGCUGCCACCGCCACAAGCCAGCCCAGAGCUGCUUCUCCUGCUGUGGGGCUGUGGGCUGAGCCUGUGCUGGUGAGAGCAGCCCCUGCACGGGCCCCUCAGUGUCACCCCUCAGUGCCGCAGGGCCCUGUCCCCCCUGCUCGGGUGCCCGGGAUCCUGAGCUCGCCUCUCCCUGCCCUGCUCACACCCGGCUGCCGCUGCCCACAGCGCCCCUGCCGGCCGCGCCCGGAACUGCAGCGAGGGGAAAGCGCCGGGAGAGGCGGGGCUGGGGCUGGGCCGGCUCGGGCAGCGCCGCGCUGGGCUUGUGUGCUCUUGGGGGACACACCAGGAAAGAACUGCUGCUCUGCUCUGUCUGUGCCUGAGAGACCCUGAACCUGGGCGCAGCACACACACACAGUGCCCAUGGCAGAGCAGGACGUGUGCCCUCACACCUGGGCACAGCACACACACACAGUGCCCAUGGCAGAGCAGGACGUGUGCCCUCACACCUGGGCACAGCACACACACACAGUGCCCAUGGCAGAGCAGGACGUGUGCCCUCACACCUGGGCACAGCACACACGGGCACACAGGGCCGGGCACACUCGGGCACAGCUCUCUGGCACAGCUCUCCUGGCCCCGAUGCCCCCGGGCUCUCUCCUCGUGGGACAGUGACACGGUGGGCACGGGGACAUUGUGGCACCGUUUAAAGAGCCCCCUCUGUGCCUUUGGGCUGGGGACACACAGGCCUGUGCUAAAGGAAAGGUCAGAGAGAGACCAGGCUGGAUUCUGCUGCUUGCCUCUCACCCUCCCAGGGCCAAACUGAGCCCGUUUUGCUGUCCUGUGUUCCCCAGAGCCUGGGGAGCUCGAGGGAGAGCAUUGGGAAGGUUGAUUGAGGGUCACUGCUGGUGCACAGCACUCGGGGCAUUUUUCACCCCUUGCAUUCCCAUGGGCUGUUGGGGCAGGAACUCACAACAGCCUGAGCCCACUGCCUCAGCAGCCUGUGCUCUGUCCAGGGGCCCUUUCACUCCUCACCUGGGCAGGGGAACGUGUGGCUCUGGUGCUGGGGAGGGCAGCUCACAGUGCCCUGGGGACAGGGAAAGGAAAGCUCCAGGCCUCUCUGCAGGGGGACAGGGACUUUGAAACAAAGGUGUUCAUCAAGAUUUCAUCUUGGACUGAAAGGAGGAAAGGUGUCUGUGUUAUGCACGGAAAUUUGAGUGGAAAACAACUGUAAUUUCUGGUAA